AUGCGCAUAGCCCGACAACUACGGUCGAGCUAUAGAGUAGCAACACUCCAGAGAUCUCGUCCCGUAGUUUCUGCACUUUCCCUCUCACCUUCCCUUUCACUUUCGGGCUCUCGACCUCAGCUUCACGCAAAGUCUCCCUUAUCACCUCCAUACUCAGUCAACGGUCAGAGAUACAUCAUGUCUGGCGCAGCUGUAGAUGCUGGGGCUAGUGGGUCUGCGGGUCAGGCGGGCGGAUCAAAGAUCAUUGAUGGGACUGCGAUUGCCAAGUCUAUCCGCUCGGACAUCUCCCAUGCGAUCAACGAGCUCCAAAAGAAAGAGGCGACCUUCCACUCCCCUCACCUCGUCAUCCUCCAGCUCGGCUCGAGCUCCGCAUCCGCCACCUACAUCCGGAUGAAGCUCAAGGCGGCUGAAGAGAGCGGCAUGACGGUCAAGCACAUCCAGAUCCCCUCUGAUGCCGAGUCGGGCGAUGCCAAGGGCACUGGCGUCCGCAAGGUGCUCGACCAGGUCCGCAAGGUCAACUCGGACGACAAGGUGUCGGGUAUCCUGGUGCAGCUUCCACUGGAGGGCGCAGGGAAGGAGGAUGAAAAGAUGGUGGUGGACUCGGUGGACGUCAAGAAGGACGUUGAUGGGUUCCACCCGGAGAACAUCGGUCUUCUCUCCAGCCGGAUCGGGACACCGUACUUUGUCCCUUGCACCCCAGCCGGCGUGCUCCGUCUCAUCGAGAGCACCGGUUUCAAUCUCGCCGGAUCCAACGUCGUCGUCCUCGGUCGAUCGGAUAUCGUCGGUACGCCCGUGUGCGCCCUUCUGCGCAAGAAGGACGCGACCGUCACGCAGUGCCACUCGCGCACCAAGGACCUCCAGGCGAUCGUCAAGAAGGCGGAUGUCGUCGUCGCUGCCAUCGGGCAGGCCGAGUUCGUCAAGGGCGAUUGGCUCAAGGAGGGAGCUAUCGUCAUUGACGUCGGGACCAACUAUAUCCCCGACGACACCAAAAAGUCGGGUCAGCGUCUUGUCGGAGACGUUGACUUUGCCUCGGCCUCCCCAGUCGCUUCCCACAUCACCCCCGUCCCUGGAGGUGUCGGACCCAUGACCGUCGCGAUGCUCAUGCACAACACGUUCGAGGCUGCCAAGCGCCAAUGGAGCGUCGGUCGGGACCGCAAACUCGUCCCCCUCCCGCUCAAGAUGCUCGAGAAGGUCCCGUCGGAUAUCGAGAUUGCGGUCGCGCAGACCCCCAAGCCGGUCGCGGACAUUGCGUACGAGAUCGGGGUGCAGGCGGACGAGGUGGAGAGUUACGGGAAAUACAAGGCCAAGAUUGAGCUUAGCGUCCUGGAGCGGCUCUCGCACAGGCAGGACGGCAAGUACAUUGUCGUCGCUGGGAUCACGCCCACUCCUCUCGGCGAGGGCAAGUCCACUACCACCAUCGGUCUCGCCCAAGCGCUCGGCGCGCACCUCGGCAAGGUCGCCAUUGCAUGCGUCCGUCAGCCGUCCCAGGGCCCUACUUUCGGUGUCAAGGGCGGAGCCGCCGGUGGAGGGUACGCUCAGGUCAUCCCCAUGACCGAGUUCAACCUCCAUCUUACCGGUGACAUCCACGCCGUCACAGCGGCCAACAACCUGCUCGCGGCCGCGAUCGACGCGCGGAUGUUCCACGAGUACACCCAAAAGGACAAGGCUCUGUACGACCGUCUCGUCCCCAAGAAGAAGGGCGUCCGGACCUUUGCCCGGCCCAUGCUUGCUCGGCUCAAGAAGCUGGGUAUUCAAAAGACCAACCCGGACGACCUGACGGAGGAGGAGGCGUCCAAGUUCGCUCGGCUCGAUAUCGACCCGGCGACCAUCACGUGGAACCGCGUUCUCGACGUCAACGACCGGUACCUCCGAAAAAUCACGGUUGGGCAGGCGGCGACCGAGAAGGGAUUCUCUAGGGAUACCGCGUUUGACAUUGCUGUCGCGUCAGAAGUCAUGGCUGUGCUAGCACUGUCCAAGGACCUCGCCGACAUGCGGGCCCGGCUCGGACGGAUGGUCAUCGGUUCCUCCAAGGCCGGGGACCCUAUCACCGCCGAGGAUAUCGGGUGCGCCGGCGCCAUGGCUGUCCUCAUGAAGGACGCCAUCAAGCCUACCCUCAUGCAGACCCUGGAGGGUACCCCCGUCUUUGUCCACGCCGGACCUUUCGCCAACAUCGCCCACGGAAACUCGUCCAUCAUCGCCGACAGGAUCGCCCUCAAGCUCGCCGGUAUCGAGAAGGGAGACAACCCCGAGCGGAACGGCUACGUCAUUACCGAAGCUGGGUUCGGUGCGGAUAUCGGGAUGGAGAAGUUCUGCAACAUCAAGACCAGGGUGUCGGGUCUCAACCCAAACGCCGUUGUGCUCGUCGCGACGGUGCGGGCGUUGAAGAUGCACGGAGGCGGACCGGCGGUGACUCCCGGGAAGGUGCUGGAUCAGGUGUACUCGACCGAGAACCUCGAGUUGCUCGAGAAGGGAUGUGCCAACUUGGGCAAGCACAUUGAGAAUGCCAAGAAGUUUGGGUUGAAGGUUGUGGUCGCUGUCAACCAGUUCUCAAACGACACACCCGCCGAGCUCGAGCUUGUCCAAAAGUACGCCCUCCAGGCCGGCGCCGACUACGCCGUCCCCGCGAACCACUGGGCCAAGGGCGGUGAGGGCGCCAAGGACCUUGCGGAGGCCGUCAUUCAGGCGUGCGAGGACCCCUCCGAGGGCUUCAAAUUCCUCUACGACCUGAACCAGCCCCUGGUGAAGAAGAUCGAAAUCAUCGCCAAGGAAAUGUACGGCGCGGACGGUAUCAAGCUGUCGGCCGAGGCGGAGGCGGAGGUGGAGCGGUACGAGAAGCAAGGGUACGGCGGCCUGCCGAUCUGUAUGGCCAAGACGGCGCUCAGUCUUUCGGACGACCCGAGCAAAAAGGGUGUCCCGACCGGCUUUACGCUGCCCAUUACGAACGUGCGGCUGUCGGCGGGAGCGAGCUUUGUGUAUCCGCUGGUUGGGGACAUGAGCACAAUGCCGGGGUUGACGACGAGGCCGGGGUACUAUGAUGUUGAUCUCAACCCGGAGACGGGGGAGAUUGAGGGGUUGUUCUAG